AAAUUAAUGGCGAUAAAAAGUAAAUAAAAAUUUUAAUAAGCUGGAGAUCAGAAGACUCGACAAUUGAGCAAAAGAAGCGAAAAGGUGCAUAGUAAAGAAAGUUGGAGACUGAAACCCGAAGAAGCAUCAUUGAUUUUCCAAUUGGAACAAAACCCGGAAAAUCCAAUACAAACAACAAGAACAGCAAAGCAGCUGAAAAAUGAGCGGCGACGAUGAGAGCAGCGAAAAACAGACACUAAAUUUGUCGAAACAGAAACUGAAAAAGGUCCCAAAACAGGAUGAUGCCCAUAACUAUCGGAAGUUGAUCCUAGAUGAGAAUGAACUGCAGAAGAUUGACAACAUCGACUCGUAUCACAAGAUCGAAACGCUCUCUUUGGCCAAAAAUCAAUUGCUACGGAUGUAUGGAGUCUGUCGUCUGCAUAAUCUGCGGGAUUUGAAUCUCUCCUUCAAUGGCAUUCUGGCCAUUGAUGGCCUCAAAGAAUGUCUGCAUCUGCGGCAACUCAAUUUGGAGGGAAACAACAUCAAGACCAUCGAACACUUGAAUACCAAUGUCAAUUUGGUGUCACUCAAUUUAGCUGAGAAUAGUAUUAGCAGCAUUUCGGAUAUAUCCCAUUUGCGUAAUCUAAAAGAAUUGCAAUUGCAUGGGAAUCGUUUGACCCAUCUUAAGCAAUGUGACAAAUACUUACCAACAUCCAUCGAAUCUCUCACACUGGCCAAGAACAAUAUCAAUGAUCUGAAUGAAAUAUGCACCUUAACCCAUCUAAGUAAUCUUCAGAGCCUUUCCAUUAUGGAAAAUCCCUGUGUGAUUAUGACCAUGGGUUCAAAUAGUAUGGACGGCUUUGACUAUCGUCCAUUUGUGUUAAAUUGGUGCAUGAGCCUCAAGUUCAUUGAUGGUUAUGUGGUGGAUGCUAUUGAGAGUCUGAAAGCUGAGUGGCUUUAUAGUCAAGGACGUGGACGACAAUUUCGUGUGGGUGAUCAGCCAUCCCUGGCCAAAUAUCUAAGUUCAACUUGCCCUCUGGUUGGCAAGGCCCUCGAAAACGAAAACGAUCGUAAAUUACGCUUAAUACUGAGCAAGGCUCAACAUCAUCAGCGUCAGUUGCAGGAGGAGAUUAUGGACAAUGCGAAUAGUUCGGCCAGUACUUCGCCAUCAUCCCAUCGCAAAAAGCCCACAAGUCGGAUACAAUCACCGCGUUUCUCUCGUUUAAGUGGACGCCAGGGAUCACCGGAAUCGAUGGCAAACAGUUAUCAUGGGAAUAGCAGUAACAGCAGCAUUAUAAGCGAUAAUGGUUCCGCCAAUCAUUCACUACAAAUGAGCAUUUCACUGAUAGAGAAUAUCAAAAACGAUGGCGAUAAUUUUUCACUGGCCAGCAGCGGCAUGUCGAGCAGUGUAACAACUAAAACAUACAACUCCACGGAGUCAACGCCUCGCAAUAUAACGCCAAAUCCUUACAAUGAUCAAACAUUUAUUGGCCAACAAACGCCGAUUGGCGGUCCAUUGGCUGCUGCCUCGAAAAUGGUGCCUGUUCCGGAAACCCUAAUGAGUCCCGAUGUGUGUCCCGCCGCUGUGGCCCAACGGGUCACCGUGUCAGCUCUCAAUUCGCAGCUGCACAAAACUAAAGUCAACAAGAAUAAAGACAACAACAAAAUGAAUUUGCCGCGCACCCGAAGUCCUCAGCUUAAACGGAAUUCGAGUCCCACCACGAGUCCGCGUAAGUUGGCCAUCAGAGCGCAGGACCAAGUGCACAGAAUGCAGCCAGCAUUGGCCACGGAUUCGGGUGACUUCAGCACAGACGAUGAUGGCGAGCAAAUAAAUGUAGAGAAAUUGAAAACCAUUAGGAAAAUGGCAGCACAGAGAACGCAACAGCAGAACCAGCAACAGCAUCAGGAUAACAAUAGUCAGACAUGUCAGGAUCGUCUAAUCGAGCAUGUUACCGAAUCCUCGGCAGUGACUAUACAGAAAGUGUGGCGUGGCUAUCAUACAAGGAAAAAAACCAAUAAGGAUAUCGCUGAGAGACUGCAACGACGUCGUACCCAAGAGUACAUCGAGCAACUUAGCAAGGAUAUGCUGCUGACCAAGGCGCAGCUGGAGAACGAACGAAAGAUUCAACAGUUGCAAAUGCAGGCCAUUAAUGCACUGUGGAAGAAGGUUUCCACAAUGGAAAUUGUGGACACAAAAGCUGGAGGCGAACAGCAGGUGAAAUUGGAUAGCGAAGAGAACAACUCGAGUGGACCAGCCAGCGUUAGUGGUCAUGUGAGCCUCGAUCAUAACUCGGCGGCUGUGGUAAAUGAUUUGGCCAAGCGUUGCACAAUGCUGACCGAUCAAGUGCAACAGCUGCAGAGUUCGAUUGGCACCAUAGUCAAUUGUUUGACCAUGGUAUGCAAUUUGCCGCACGAGGCAUUUAAGAAACAAAUCGGUGGCAUGACAGAGGCAGAGGAACUGUCCACACAAACUGAUCUAAUAGCUGUGCAUACACCACAAAUGGAGGAUUUGAGCAAUUUUCCAUUUACCAAAUUGAGACCUUCGACAUUGGCGCUGAAUGAUACGGCGAUGGCGCCGCCAAAGGAACGGGAACAGCAGACAGAGCAGCAAUUGGAGGAAACUAUUGAAGGAGAAGCUGGCGGCGAGGGCAUGACAGUUGCAUCUUAGAUUUUACUUAACACAAAAAACACGUACGCUUUAAGAAUCGAUCUCAGCGCUUAACGUAGCUUCUUGCAAAUCGAAAUUGGGAAAGAAUAUUAAGAAGAAAGUGUUCCGGAAUCUUGUUUCGCCCUGUUUUUUUGUUAUAUUUUAGAAAGAAGAUACGCGGGGCGAGGUGUGGGGCAGACAAAUGCGAAUAUAUAUAUAUACAAAGCUAAAUUUUUGUAAUGCACAA